AUACAUGUAUUCUUCUUCGCCAAAUCUAGAGAAUUCAGGAGUGUGCAUAGAGAGGGGAUAGAAUUCUAUCUACCCAUUUUGAUGGCGAAUGAGAAGGAUGAGAAACUAAGGAAAGGCCCCUGGACUUUGGAGGAAGACAUUCACCUUGCUUCUUUCAUUACUAUUCAUGGGAGUGGGCGCUGGGAUUUUGUAGCAAAAACAACAGGGCUUAAGCGAAGUGGGAGGAGCUGCAGGCUAAGAUGGGUUAACUAUCUGUCCCCAGAUCUUAAACGGACAGAGAUAACCCCAGAGGAAGAACGUCUGAUUGUUGAUCUGCAUGCACGUUGGGGAAAUAGGUGGGCUCGAAUUGCUCAGAGAUUACCAGGAAGAACAGACAACGAAGUAAAAAACUACUGGCGAAGUGUCAUAAACAAAAAAUCUCAUAUUCAACAAGUUGCGAGCAGUAAUCAUGGAAACAAUUUGAAUUGUCAGCCAUUAAUUCGUUCUUCCUCGCUUCUCACUUCAUAUAGCAAACCAAAUUGUUUGGAAAGCAACAAUGAAGAUUCUUCCCCUUGCUUUUCAAAGCGAUUCAGUGAAGAUGGCCAAGCAAUUUCAAAUCUAUUUAGUAGAAGAUCGGAUGAAGAGAAUGGCGAUAGAAGACCUGCAAAUUUGAAGCAGAAAGGUGUGGAUGCCAAUUCAUACAACUUACCUCACAGUUUUUCAGUGGAAUCUCUAAAUGCCAUGACACUCUGUGAGCUGCAGGGAGAUGGGAAUGUGGGCCUUUCCUCUUAUGACUCAUCUUCUCCCUGUAGCUUCUCAAAUCCCAAGCUUUUCUCAGAUGAGCUAUGGAACAUGGAUGAUCAAUAAGCAUUGUUAUUCUACUAUGGAGCACAUGGCGAUCAUAUUUGCAAC